AUGAGUGAUGAGAAAGGAAAUGAUAUUCCGAAGGUGUCUAUCGAUGACCGCACCCACUCAGAUCAGAGAUGCAAGAAGACAAACAAUUGCAUGGUGUGUGUGGGCGGUGCUCCGCAGCCCUCCCAGCAAGAUCCCGAUGUGAUUCUCGUCGAUGAGCUUUAUCCAACAGAAGAAGAGUAUCCACCAUUCGAUCACAAAGAAGUGGUGCGAAUACGAAACAAUGCAAAGUUUGAGCAGUUUUAUGACAUUGAUGGAGAGCCGAUUGGAGAAGGAAAAUUUGGUAAAGUCUACCAUUGCGUCGAGAAAUCUACUGGACUCGAGUUGGCCGCUAAGUUCAUCAAAAUCAGAAAAGAUGCAGAUCGGGAACAAGUGGAGCAUGAAGUGUCAGUGAUGACGAGGAUGAGACAUCCGAGGAUUGCUUGGAUUUAUGAUGCUUUCUAUUCCACAAACAAUGAUGUAAUCUUAGUGAUGGAAUUAGUGAAAGGCGGUGAGCUCUUCAAUCGGGUCGUUGAGGACAACUUUGUUCUCACUGAAGCAGCCGCAGCGGUGAUUAUUUGUCAGCUAUGUGAGGCCAUUGAUUACAUUCAUCGACAGAACAUUGUUCAUCUUGAUAUAAAGCCGGAAAACAUUAUGUGCGUCACUGAAUCGGGAAAUCGAAUCAAAUUGAUCGACUUCGGUUUGGCUAGGCAUUAUGAUGGCAGUGAAGAUCUUUACUAUAUGGCUGGAACUCCCGAGUUCUCAGCUCCAGAAGUGAUCAAAUUCGAGCCACUCGACUUUCACACAGAUAUGUGGAGUGUUGGAGUGAUCACCUAUAUUCUUUUAUCCGGAUAUUCCCCGUUUCUCGGUGAAACGACUCCAUUGACGUAUAUGAAUGUGGAAAGAGGAGAGUGGGAGUUCAUUGAGGAGUUUGAUUGUGUCUCCGAAGUGGCCAAGGAUUUCAUCUCAAAGCUUUUGGUUUAUGACAAGAGCCUCCGAAUGCUUCCGAAAGAAUGCCUCUCCCAUCCUUGGCUUGCAAAUGUCCGUGAGAGAGCCCAAAAAGAUGUCCUCUUGGAUCAACCAAACAUUGGCCCAGCUAUCCCAACAGAUAAGCUCAGACGAUACAAUAUCAGAAGGCGAUUCCGGAAGGCAACUUUCGCCGUAAUGAGCUAUUGCGAGUUUGCACAAAUCUUGAACGUUUUGAGACAAAGAAACUCCGCAAAUGGACUCGAGUACUUUGGAAAGGCAAAAGUCGAAGGGUUGAAAAAGAAGAAGAAGAGCUUGGCUGGUGCUGUGUUGGCAAUGAAAAAUGCUGAAGCGCAGUCAAAGGUUGAGCCAGCGGUAGUGGUCACUGAUUGUGAGCCAUCAACAGCUGAAGUUCAAGAGGAAGCGCCUGAGUCUCUAAAAGUGGAAAAGAAAAUGCUUAAAACUGAGUCAAGUGACAGCACAAAGGAAAACAAAGCGAUUCCGACGGUUGUCAUUGGCGAAAAUGAGGCAGUAGCAAGACCCGGUUCGGAAUUGCCACCAGCUCCCGAUGGAGUUCCAAAGAAGAAGAAAAUUGUUCGAAAAAAGAAACCAGUUCGAGAGACUCCAGCAAGAACUUCAGAGCUUGAUCUUCUUAGAACACAGGCAGAAGGAGUAAAGCCAUCAAAGAAAUUGGUAGCUGAAGUUCGACAAACUGGUGGAUCUGGUCUUAGCUCUGGCCUCAGCUCUGGUGAAGAAAGAGAAAAGCCAAAGAGACGAUCUUUCAAGACAAGCACUGAAGAGAAUGCUACUACCUCCACAAAAACAGAGAAUGAAACAACGACAACAACAAAUUCAAAGCAAACUCUUGGCGAUGCAAACACAUCGAUUGUUAAGACAAUUACGCGGAAAGUAAAUGAUGAAAUGGUGAAGAAGGUUGAAUCAAAAACAGAAGGAGCUUCAAAAUCACCAUCGACAUCGAGAGGAUCGUUCGACGUUCCAAAGCCUCGUGUCAACUCGUUAAUUGCUGAACGAAUGCAAAAAUUGCAAUCAGAUGCUCCUCCACUCACUUUCUCCAUUAGCGGGAAAAAGGAUCCACUAAAAUCUUCAAAUGAGAAUGAAACGCCAAAGCGGGGAUUCAAGGAGUUAACGGUGAUUACAGAGAAGAAAAGUACGACAACGACGACGACACAAGUCAAGAGCAAAAUUGAGAACACUGAGCGUAAACUUACUACGAGAACCGCUGACAAAAACAUUGAGGAAAUCAUUGGAAAACGAAGCACUCAACAAGAGGUGAAGGUCAGUCAAGUGACAACAGCUGAAGAGAAAUGUCCGGAGACUGGCUUGCAGAAGAAGACUUUUCAGAAAAGUGUCGCGAAGAAGGAGAAGUUGGACAAGGAAGAGGAGAAAAAUAGAAAGGAGGAGUUGCUCGGUGAUGAGAAGACCACAAUCAAAACGCAGAGAUCGCUGAAAAGAGAAGAAAACGAUAAAGCUGUGCUGGAAAAACUCACCAAGGUUGACGGCGAGACGAAAGACAAUAAAAAACUUGAACUCAAUGAGAUCCGUUUGAGAAAAAUUGAUGGAAAAGCGAUGCAAGAGAUUGAAGGGGAUAAAAAAACUCUUCAAAACGUUGAAAUCACUUUGACUUCAAAAACUCGCCGAAGUCUUUUGGGUAAAGAUGGAAGUCGAGAAGAGAAAAUAGAAAAAGAAAGGAAAUUCGAGACGAAGAUUAAUGUGGGAAAGAAACCGGAGCCACAAGAAGGGGUGUCAUUGCUGCAAGAGUUGAGCCGACUUCGAAAAACUGGGUUGAAUGAAGUUGAUCAUCCGUUGAAGAGUGCUUUGAAGAGAGAGGGAAGUAAUGGGGAAAGGAAAUCGGUCAAGUUGAGUGAUAUUAUGUUGCCGAGAAUUCGCUUGGAAGAGGAACGAGGAGCGACAAGGGUGAAGUUCACUGAAGCAACACCAGCGCCUCCAUUCCCAACGACGAGCACUCUCAGCUUUGGAGGGCUACAAAAGAAUAAAUCUGAGACAAACAUCGCCGCCAAGGUCAAGUCGUCGUUGCAUACGUCGACAAAACAAAAGACUUUGGAUGAUUCGGGAGUUGUAAAGAAACGAGAACAUUGGUUGUUUACUGACGGGGAGACUGAAGUGCGUCCCCGAGAAGAUUUCUCAUUUGGUGCGCUCAAGGCAAUGGCUGAUCGAAGAUCGUUGAUUGAACCGGGCACGAUGGCGAGAACCAAGGAAUUGUUGGAGAGGCGAGUGUCUGGUGAUCCGACGGAUUUAUUGAAACCAAAAGAAACGAUCAAAAUUCCGAAUGCGAAUUUUGCUAUGAACAAAUGGAGGCAACUCGAGCGUACCGAU